AUGGGGAUUUGGAUUGCCCUAAUAGUAAUGCACGGAUUGCUCUUGAGCUUCAUUCCAAACUCGGGUCCAAACGCGAGCGUCAUCGGUGGAUUUGUUGUCCUACAGCACGCAAUCGUUCGACAUUGUUUUCUCCUUCAGAUCGCUCUCUUUAUCAGAAGAGUUGCUCCUGCGGGAGGCUCAUCGAACGCGCUACGAUCAUCCAUCUCCAUCUCUAGAGAGAUCAGUGUCAAUCGGCUCAUCCCUUCGUUGCUCGUUCUGAACUCGUUACGGUAUUGCCCCUUCGACCACCGCUCAACCGGUCACGUCCUCUCAGCUCAGCUCAAUACUACAUCUCGCCACGCCCCUACCGCAUCCACGACGAAGCGCCAUAUACGGUACCGAGCAAUGUGCCUCGUCAUCUUCGCCUACGGCACCUGCGGCUGCCCGCCGACGCCCACAGCGCCGUACAUCCACCUCUGCCCCGCUGCGAGGAGUCGUGGGCCGUACGGGCAGGCGUGUCCGCCCGGACGGAGAUACCAACGCACGGUGCUGACGGGCGGCCCGUGUAGCAUGUGUAGGCAGCUUGCGAGAGAGAGUAUCAGGCUGGAGAGGAAGGAGCUUAUGCGGAGGAGGUGGGUUAGGGGGCCGGGGACGGGGACGGGGACGGGGACAGGGUAUUGGUAG